CACCACUCCGCCGCCGCCGAGAAUCUCGCCUUCGACUUCCCCUCCUUCAACUUCCGCAACCUCACCUUCCUCGGCGACUCCCACAUCCGCAACGGCGUCGUCGGCCUCACCCGCGACCUCCCCGUCCCCACCUCCUCCGCCGGCGCCGUCCUCUACUCCUCCCCCGUCCGCUUCUUCGACCCCGACUCCAACAUCACCGCCUCCUUCUCCUCCCGCUUCACCUUCCUCUUCUCCAACCUCAACCCCUCCUCCCCAUCCGGCGACGGCAUGUCGUUCUUCCUCUCCCCCAACAACCACUCCCUCGGCUCUCCCGGCGCCUUUCUCGCCCUCCCCAACGACACAUCGUUCUUCAUCGCCGUGGAAUUCGACUCCAAGCGGGACCCGCGCUUCGACGACCCCAACGACAACCACGUCGGCCUCGACAUCUCCUCCCUCGUCUCCCUCAAGACCGCCGACCCCAUUGACCAAGACGUUGACCUCAAGUCCGGCGCCGCCGUCACCGCCUGGGUCGACUACAAGAACGACCAAGAAACCCUCAAGGUCUACCUCAGCUACUCCUCCGCCGUCAAACCCGAGAAUCCGAUCCUCGACGUCGGCAUCGAUCUUUCCGGCUACCUGAGAGAGACCAUGUACGUCGGCUUCUCUGCUUCCACCGAAGGCUCCACAGAGCUUCACCAGCUCAUGUCAUGGAGCUUCAAGACUUCUGGGUUCGUCCCCAAACGACCCACAUUGCACCCCCACAACGUUUCCGACACUUACGUCAUUGUCAGCCCCCGGAUGCCGGCGCCGGAGUCCGGUUCCGGCCGCCGGAGAAUGGGGCUGGGGCUUGGUAUUGGGAUGCCGGCGGUGUUCUGCGUUGCGCUGGCGGUUUUCGGGGUUUUGAGUGUGAGGAAAUGGAGGGAGGUGAGGAGGGAGAAGAGUUUUAAGGCGGAGGUGGUGGCGGGGCCGAGGCAGUUUAGCUAUAGAGAGCUGAAGGCAGCUACUGGGGGGUUUCAUCCGAGUAGGGUGAUCGGACACGGCGCGUUUGGGACGGUUUACAAGGCGUUUUUUGUGUCGUCGGGGACUAUUGCGGCGGUGAAGAGGUCCAGGCAUUGUCAUGAGGGGAGGAGUGAGUUUCUUGCGGAGCUGUCGAUUAUCGCUUGCUUGCGGCACAAGAAUUUGGUGCAUUUGCAAGGGUGGUGUGUCGAGAAGGGGGAGCUGCUGCUUGUGUAUGAUUUCAUGGCGAAUGGGAGUCUUGAGAGGGUGUUGUAUCAGGACAGUGAGCUUUGUCAGGCUAAUUUGUUGGAUUGGAAUCAUAGGAGGAAUGUGGCGAUUGGUUUGGCGUCUGUUUUGACAUAUAUGCAUCAGGAGUGUGAGCAGCAGGUGAUUCAUAGGGAUAUCAAGACUGGUAAUGUGUUGCUGGAUGGGAAUUUCAAUGCAAAGCUUGGUGAUUUUGGACUGGCAAAGCUUAUGGAUCAUGAUAAGAGCCCUGUUUCGACACUGACUGCUGGGACAAUGGGGUACCUUGCGCCUGAGUAUCUUCAGUAUGGGAAGGCGACUGAGAAGACUGAUGCUUUCAGCUAUGGUGUGGUGAUACUGGAAUUGGCUUGUGGGAGGAGGCCAAUUGAGAGAGUACCGGAUUGUCACAAGAUGGUGAAUUUGGUUGAUUGGGUUUGGGGGCUGCAUUCUGAAGGGAGGAUUAUUGAUGCAGCUGAUCAGAGGCUGGCCGGGGAGUUUGAUGUGGAUGAAAUGCGGAAGCUGUUGCUUGUCGGUUUGAGUUGUGCUAACCCGGAUAGCUCCAAGAGGCCUACAAUGAGGAAAGUUCUACAGAUCUUGAGCAAUGAGGCAGAACCUCCAGCUGUGCCGAGGGUUAAGCCGAGUCUCAGUUUCUCUUGUGGCGUGUCUCUGUCUGUUGAUGACAUCGUUUCAGACUGUGAUGAAGGCUCAAUGUGUGAGAUUGUUGUCAACUGA